AUGAAUUUUGUUGACAGUUCAAACAGUAAUUUUUAUAUUGAAGUGCGUAUGCCGUAUCACAUUUUGGCACAAGCCAAUGAACAAAAGAAUGAAAUCAUAACUUGUUUGACUGAAGAAUUAAAUGCUCUUCGUGAAGAGAUAAUUCUUUUAAAAAUAACACAUGAAAAUGAAAAAACAUCUUUUAAAAAGAAGUGUUCUGAAGAAGCACAAAAUGUGAUGAUUGAUUUUAUGAAUAAAUAUACACAACAAGAUAGCGAGACAAACGAUACAAACCAGCACCAAUUAGCAGCGAACUCUCGUAAUAAUAAUGACAAUUCCAACCAAAAUUCAAACGACACAGAAAACACAACAACACCAACAGCAACAACACAACAAAGUGAUUUAUUUGCUGAAGAAACGCGUGAAAAUAUCAUUUUCAUCACAAUUGAAGAGGCGUAUUGCGGAUGUACAAAAAUUGUCACUGAUGUUUCUAAAGAUGACAAAGAAAGUAUUUAUAUCGUCAACAUUACGAAGGGUAUCAACAACAGGGACACUAUCAUUGUUGGCGAUAAAACAUAUCGUAUCCGUUAUUUGAAACAUCCGUAUUUGUCUCGAAAAAACGACGACCUGGUCGUAUCAAAAAAAGUGUUGAUGGCAAAUGGUGUGAGACAUCCGUCAUCAUCCAUUGUUUAUAGAAUCGACAACAAAAACGAAUUGCUACAAUUAAAAGGAUUCACCAAUGACAGCAAAACAGUGUUAGAUGAGUAA